ACAUGGACUCUUCUCCCUCAAAUUUUGCAAUCCUCAAAUACAUUGUACACCCAUAUAUGUUAACCCAACCAAGACAACGGUUAAGUUAAAUACUUAAUGAACUGAUAGAUGAAGCAAAAAAAAAAACAACUAAAAAGCAAAACAUAAGCUUAAUAUACAAGAAAUAAAUAAAAAAGUCUGAUGUAAAUUAUAAGAAUUAGAAAACAUGUCAUCAUUUUUAUUUUUUUAUUUUUAUUUAUCCUUGAAAACAUAUGUGCUAUCUCAUCAAUGAUAAAACGUUAUGCCACUUAAUAUGCUUGGUUCAAAAAUAGAAAGAAAAAAAAAACCCUUCUGAUUGUCUAGUUAUGCACAAAAAAAUAAAAUAAACACAAAUAGGAUUCAAUUCAAAAUUAGCUACUCCUUAUAAAUGUGAUAGUUGGAAAAAGUUUUAUAAAUAUAUAGGAUAUGAAAUAUACUUGACUUGAAUAAAUAUAAUUACUGGAUGUUAUUUUACUCAAAAAGAGUAGGAACUAUUUGCAUAUUUUUUUUGUUCAGAAAAGAAAGAAAAUACUUUUAUUGGUAGUAAUUAUAUAAACAAUGUAAUUAUUUUAUCGGGGGAAAUUAUAGUAAUAUGACAAUAGUAAAUAAAUAUAAAAAAAAGAAGGAAAAAAAAUAUAUCUCCAUGGAUUAAAAACGAAAACAAUAAAACAUUACGCUGCGCUUCGUCGCCCUCCCACACACACACACACAGAUUCUUCACCCUGAAAGAAAACAAGAGACCCAAUCAGAUCCAAACAAUCAAUGCCAUCGGCUUCUCUCCCAAAUCCCUAAUUCUCAUUCUCAUUUCGAUUCUCGAUCAUCAUCCAACUCCUCUCCCUCCCGCCUCCCGAAUUUAACACCGGAGCUGAAGUUUUCCAGUGGCGUAUCAUCUCACCACUUGAUCGCUCGUGGUUGAGGAGCUCAGUAAUUUCUCCCUCUAUCCGUUGUAGAUCGUGAUUUGGGAUUUUAGGGUUUUCGAUUAGCUUCAUCGGAUUGGGACUCAGUGUUAUGUGUAAGCCCUUAAAGUCGGAAGCUUUCAACUGAAGAAUCAAUUUUAUUCAGAAUCGAUUGAGAAGUUAGUUAGUUGCUGUGGAGUGUAAACUAUAUAAAGACUUGUCGGAGGGGAUGUUUGGUUCUACAUUGGCUAACAACCGUGGGAACAGCGCUGCCUCGGCGCAGCUUGUUACUCCCACCCGCUUCGUGUGGCCUUAUGGAGGUAGAAGGGUCUUCCUUAGCGGCUCUUUCACCAGGUGGACUGAACAUGUCCCAAUGUCACCUCUUGAGGGAUGCCCUAGUGUUUUUCAAGUCAUUUGCAACUUGACUCCUGGAUAUCAUCAGUAUAAGUUUUAUGUUGAUGGGGAAUGGAGGCACGAUGAGCACCAACCAUUUGUAAACGGAAACGGCGGAGUGAUGAAUACGAUACUUAUCACUCUACCAGAUAUGGUUCCCACUGGUUUUAGCCCAUCGAGCAUGGAUGUGGAUGAUUUCUCUCAUCGAAUGGCUGAUCCAUCCCAGGAUUCUAUCCCUAGGAUGUCAGCGGUUGAUUUGGAGAUGUCUCGUCACCGUAUAUCUGUUUUAUUGUCAACCCGUACUGCAUAUGAGCUGCUCCCAGAGUCGGGCAAGGUUAUUGCAUUGGAUGUAAAUUUACCAGUAAAGCAAGCAUUCCACAUACUCUAUGAGCAGGGAAUCCCUUUGGCUCCUCUUUGGGACUUUGGUAAAGGCCAAUUCGUUGGAGUUCUUGGUCCACUUGACUUCAUUCUAAUACUGAGAGAGCUUGGAACGCAUGGAUCAAACUUGACAGAAGAAGAGCUUGAGACGCACACAAUAGCAGCGUGGAAAGAGGGGAAGGCUCAUAUUAGCAGACAAUAUGAUGGAACUGGGAGACCCUAUCCUAGGCCACUUGUUCAGGUUGGGCCCUAUGAUAACCUAAAAGACGUUGCCAUGAAAAUUUUGCAAAACAAGGUGGCCGCCGUUCCAGUUAUUUACUCUUCUUUGCAGGAUGAGUCAUAUCCGCAGCUACUGCAUCUAGCUUCGCUAUCAGGCAUAUUAAAAUGUAUAUGCAGAUACUUUAGACAUUCGUCUAGCUCUUUGCCAAUCCUUCAGCAGCCCGUUUGUUCAAUUCCACUGGGUACUUGGGUCCCCAGAAUCGGAGAAUCAAGUAGCAAACCUCUCGCUACACUGAGACCACACGCCUCUUUGGGUUCUGCGCUCUCCUUAUUAGUUCAAGCUGAGGUUAGUGCAAUUCCAGUAGUGGAUGACAAUGACUCGCUUAUUGACAUAUACUCCCGGAGUGACAUAACUGCUCUGGCUAAAGAUAAGGCAUACGCACAGAUUCAUCUUGAUGACAUGACGGUUCACCAGGCGCUGCAGUUGGGGCAAGAUGCAAGUCCGCCUUAUGGAAUGUUCAACGGGCAGAGAUGUCAGAUGUGCUUGCGCUCAGACUCUCUUGGGAAAGUGAUAGAGCGGUUGGCGAAUCCAGGUGUAAGGAGACUGGUGAUAGUGGAAGCAGGGAGCAAACGUGUUGAAGGUAUCAUAUCUUUGAGCGAUGUUUUCAAGUUCCUGCUCGGUCUUUGAUCCUCAAAACUCUUUUUCUCAUUUCCACAAAUCGAACUACCCAACAAUUUGCUUUUCUUUUUUGUGUUUUUUUUGGGUGGUCUUUGCAAGGAAUUUGUAAAUUUGCCACGAACACCUUCAUUGUUUUCUUCUUAUUUAUUUUUGUUUUGCUUAAGUUGAACGUGUUUCCAUCCAUUCUUGUGAAGAUAUUGGCUACCAAAAGCUUUACUAGCAUUUAUCAGCUUUUUUUUGUU